AUGGAAAUUGAGAUUAAUUUGGUAAUUCAAACUCUGGAAGAAUUAAGACAAACUUUGUGCAGAAAGGAGCAACAGGAAGUUUAUAGAGAAGAUAUGUUAAGGAGAGAAAUUGAUGACCUCCAAAAACGAUAUCAGGCAAGUAAGCAUAGAUGCGAAAAGCUGGUUAUGCAAGUUUCUGAGUCAACAAGACCUCUUUUGAAGCAGAUUGAAGCAAAUGCAGGAUGUAGAGGCCAGAGCUAUAGCCAUAAUGAACGAUUAUCCCAAACAUUAUCUAGAAUAAAUGUUCUUGAAGCUCGGUGCUUUGGUUGA